GUUCUAUUAUAAAAACCACUGAGUGAAUCCUCAGCUCUAUAAGUUUAAACAAUGUUCCCACCAAGAAAAUUUCUACUGUCAUCUUUUAUUCUUGCAGCUCUACAUGUUACAGCUGCACCUUUAUGGGACGCAAAGGAUCCGGAGCAGCUUAGAUUUAUCACGUCCCGGUGCAUGGAAGACUGGUAUCCAAAGGCUAAGAACCCAAAAGCAGCCCUUCAGAACUGGUUGGGAUGGAAACUAGAACCAUCGGACGACCAAGCUACUCAGUGUUACACUAAAUGCGUACUGGAGAAAAUUGGUUUCUAUGAGCCGGGCGAAAAACGAUUCAAGGGAGUUCGCGUAAUGCAGCAAUGGGAGACAUUCCAUAAAUACUUGAACGCAGAUCGCGAAAAAGUACACGAUUUAACGAGUACGUUUGAUUUUAUUCCACCUCUCAAAAGCUCCAGCUGCUCGGAGGUGUUUGAAGCGUUUAAAAAAGUUAAUGGCAAGCACUCAGAAACCAUUCGAGCAAUUUUGUUUGGUAAAGGGGAGUCUUCCAAAAAGUACUACCAAGAAAAGGGUGUUAAAAUCAAGCAAAAAGAACAAUCUCUUUUCAUGCAUUGUGAAGCAUUGAAUUAUCCUAAAGGUAGCCCGCAAAGAAAAGAUUUAUGUGGAAUUAGGAAGUAUCAGAUGGGAAGUGGAAUCGUUUUUGAAAGGCAUAUGGAAUGUAUAUUCAAAGGAUUGCGCUACAUGACAAGCAAGAAUGAACUGGAUGUUGACGAAAUCGCAAGAGAUUUCAUUGUGGUUAAAAAGAAGCCCGACGCUAUGAAGGCUAUGAUGAAAACGUGCAAAGCCAAUCUGAAGGAGAAGAAUCCUGGCAAAAUCGCGGUCCAUUAUUACAAAUGUUUGAUGAAUGAUUCAAAAGUAACGAAUGACUUCAAGGAGGCAUUUGACUACCGCGAAGUAAGAUCCAAGGAUUAUUUUGCUGCGCUGACUGGUAAACUGAAGCCGUACAGUCGGAGCGAUGUGCGCAAACAGGUGGACGAUAUCGACAAGAUCCAGUGUAGUUAGUUGUUUUAAUAGUAAAAUAAUGUGUUUCAAAAUGAAUGCGAUAGCUACAUUACAACAUUAUUUUUCUUUAACAAUGAAAUGAAUAGUAUUCUAUUAGAAUAUUAAGGUCAAGGGUAAAUAGGUAUUUUCAGGGAUGAAGGAUUGAUUCUCCAGUACACGUGUCCUCGAAAAAUAAAAUAUCAAGGCAAUUUCAAAAUUUCAGUUUUAAAACUAAAAAUAUCGAAGGAGAUAGUUUUGAAAAAAAAAAUCUACCGAACAUUUUAUAUAUUUUAAUCAUGUUCACAUUCCAUAAUAUUUCAAUGGAAUGAAAAUUUCACACCAUCGACUACCACAA